CCUCCUGGUCUCACUCUUGCACGACUCUUAAGACUUGCAGGCAUCGAUUACAUUGUAUUCGAACGAGAUGACUCAGCCAGAUUCUCCAAUGAACGUUCAAGCAGUAGAACCCUUGUUAUUCAUAAAGAUUUAGGACGAGUUGCUUUAAAAGAAGCUAGCUUAUUAGAAGAGUUCCAGUCCAUCGUCCGCCAUGAUGUGCUGAUCAAGAUUGCUGAUGCGCAAGGUACUAUCCAGGCAGACAUUUCUGGUGAUAGUAUUGAUCGCAAAGAUUUGAGAAACCUUCUCCUCGACUCUAUUCCGGAUACUAGAAUUCGUUGGGGCUACCCUGUCCAGCAUGCACAGAAAGAAAACGAUGGCUCCAUCUCGGUUCAUACAACUGACUGUGUUGACCCUUGGUUCCGUCUUGUCGUUGGUGCAGACGGGGCUUGGCCAAAAGUAACAAAGCAGGUUACCCUUACUGAGCCGCAGUACUCUGGAAUUCACUUUUUUACUGCAUUCAUCCAGCCUGGAGACCCGACAUACUCUUCAGAACCUUCUAUGGUUGGCAAGGAAAAUUACCUAGCCAUGGACAAAGGACGGCAAAUAUUUUUGCAUUACCUAGGUGAUGGAUCUUAUCUUCUCUCCGUUGGCGUAAAACUUCCUGACAGUCAGACGGUGAAGAAUGCUGCCAUUUUCCAUGAUCCAUUGACGUUGUGGGAGUCGUUGCUUCUUACUGGAUUCGCUGGAUGGGCCCAAGAACUUACCGAGUUCAUCAAGUCCAGCGCUUCACAUUUUCGCUCCUGGCCAUUGCACUCGACGCCAGAGACUUCUUUGCCAUGGAAUUCCAUACCUGUAUUGACGCUACUUGGAGAUGCGGCCCAUUUGACGUAA